AUGAAUGUACAUGGCAUAUCUAUGGCCUCAUUAGUUAAGGAAAUGGAAAUCGCUACAGGGAACGAUUUCCAAAAAGUUUUAAAAGCACUUUCGUCCUCUAUUUAUGUUGAUGAAAAAUUAUUGAAAACAGAGUUAGGGUUAUUGAACGCAAAAAUUUUAAAAUUGUUACGUUCUAACAAGGAAUAUGAUGUUUGGAAAGGUUGUCAUGCUGUUUCUGUAAUCUGUUCAUUCAAUGCACUAUUCUUACUGUCCUAUGGUGGCCAGUCAUUAAGUGCAGUUUAUGCUAAAUUAGAACACAUGUCAAAUUACUAUUCAAGUACAACAAACACAACCCAAGGUAGGACAUUAUUAAAGACUCUAGUUUCCACUACAAAGACUUUAAUGGAUUUGAUGAGAAACAAACCAACUCUAUCAAGAGAAUGUUUGGUUCCAAAAUUGAAAGCGAUUAUCCCAACAUUAAUCCAAUUAAGUCGUAACGAACCAGAAUUAUGUUUACCAAUACUAAAAGAUCUAUUAUUUAAACAUAGCACCACAUUUAAACCAUACGUGAACAAGUUCCGCGCAUCUUUAACAGAACAGAUUGCUACCGGUUAUCAUCAUUUCCCUAAAGAGGUUCAACUAUUGUUGUGUAGUAACUACGCUUAUCUACAUUUAAUUAAGUUACAAGCACAACAUGUUCAAGACGAAACAGAAGCACAUCACAGAGUUUAUCAAGAUGAGACAUGGAGAGCAGGUAUUUUUUCUAUUUUAAUACAAUUUAAACCAAUUGUUAAACUUUGUAAUAAUAUUUUGGAUUUUGAUCAAGAUAAGGAACUAACUAAACUAUUUGAUUCACUACCAUCUGAGCCUUAUAAGGAUUACAAGAUUGAAGAUUUCCUUACUCCAUUGAAACUUGACCUGAAUGAACCAUUUACCUUAUGGGAAUUACCAAGACGUAUUAACUUGUUGACAGACUUAUUAGUUGCCUUUGUUACUCAACCAACCCCAUUCCCAAUUAGAGUUCCAAUUGGUACAAUUAACUUUAUCUGUGAAACUUUGGUCAGUGUUUCUACCAAGUAUUUACCAAUCAAACGUGAACUACGUCGUGAUCAAGAUUUAAAUGCAAUCAUUAUUGAAAUUCUACCUGAAAUCCAAUAUGCUGGUAUUACUCUAUGGAAAGAUAUGCUAAAAGCUUACGGAAAAUGUUUCUUACCAAUGUCCGACAGAAUUCUAGGAAGUCUUGAGGUUUUCCUUCCAUUUAAACCUAAGACAACAACCGUUGACUUUGAGGCAUGUAAAAACCUAGAAGAUAAAUUUUUGAAUGUAUUUGAAGUUGCCAAUUUAGUAUUAUCUAAUGUAGGUCAUAGACUAAAUGAAGUUGAUUCAAUUUUGAAAUUAGUAGAUGUUGGCCUAUACCUAACUGAAGACACUUCGCUAAUUGAGAAUAUCUUUGAUAACAAACCAUUAGAUAAAAAAGAAGUCAUCAGCUCUCAAAACAAGAAUAAAACCAAGCAUAAGAAGGAUAAUAAAGCAGGUGCAAUCACUGAUUUGUACACCAAUUAUGAUCAAUUCCUAACCAAAACAUCUCUUCACAGGUUUGAUGAAGUUAACAAUUUCUUAUCUUUUAUUAUUAGUAAUUGGAGACUUGGUACCAGUCAACAAAUCCAUACUAUAAAAUAUGCAAUUUCAAGAAGUUUGCAAAUCAGAGAACAAAUGGGUUUUAUCCCUCAAAGUUUUGUCAAAUUAUUAAGAAUUCUAGUCCUAAAUCCAGGUAAUGAGAAGUUAUCCAUCCUCCCAAUCGCUAUUUCUCUAUUAAAAACAUCUAAUGAUGUUGCAUUUGACCUACUAUGUCACCCAAGACUACCAAUGGGUAUUGUUCAUAAUGUUAAAAGAGUAUCUGAUGCGGAAGAGGAAGAUCAGAAUGUCAUUGAAGUAGGUACAUACGUAGAAUCUAAGGAUUCUAAGAUUGUUGAUGCUCCUAUGGCAGAUACUUUCAAUGUUCUUGAAGCCACUGAAGAGGAAGAGACUGUUUUUGUCCCAACCAUAGAAAACACCGUAACUCCUGUUACUGAUAUCGAAAAUGAAACAAAAAUAUUUAAGAAAAGAACCGCUGAUGAGACUGUUGAAAUUGAAACUGAAGUGUCAACAAAACGUACUAAGGUUAAUACUCAACCAAAGACUAAGGAGGAUAUAAUCGAAGAACAAAUUAUUGCGGACAACAGGGUUGAGAAGGAGCUACAACCUGCUGUUGAAAGGGCUCACGCAGAAACUGCCAGAGAUGAAACAAUAGAGAAAGAUGACGAAGAAGAUGAAGAUGAAGAGGAUGAAGAAUUCGAAAUUCCUGAAAUUCAUUUAAGUGAAUACGAAGAUGACGAGGAUGCAGAAAGUGAUAGCUAA